UUUUGGGGGGGGGGGGUCGGGGGCGCGCAGAGCUGGGGGGGGGGGGGGCGCGCGCACCAUGGCCGCCAAGGACAACCCGUGCAGGAAGUUCCAGGCCAACAUCUUCAACAAGAGCAAGUGCCAGAACUGCUUCAAGCCCCGCGAGUCCCACCUGCUCAACGACGAGGACCUCAACCAGGCCAAACCCAUUUAUGGUGGCUGGCUGCUGCUGGCCCCCGAAGGAACGGACUUUGACAACCCCGUCCAUCGCUCCCGGAAAUGGCAGCGCCGCUUCUUCAUCCUCUACGAGCACGGGCUGCUGCGCUACGCCCUCGACGAGAUGCCCACGACCCUCCCGCAGGGCACCAUCAACAUGAACCAGUGCACGGACGUGGUGGACGGGGAGAGCCGGACAGGGCAGAAAUUCUCCUUGUGCAUCCUGACGCCGGAGAAGGAGCACUUCAUCCGGGCUGAGAACAAGGAGAUCAUCAGCGGGUGGCUGGAGAUGCUGAUCGUGUACCCCAGGACCAACAAGCAGAACCAGAAGAAGAAGAGGAAGGUAGAGCCCCCAACUCCUCAGGAGCCCGGUCCUGCUAAGAUGGCCGUGACCAGCAGCAGCAUCCCCAGCGCGGAGAAGGUCCCUGCCACCAAGUCCACGCUUUGGCAGGAAGAAAUGAGGGGCAAAGACCAAGCGGACGGGGCUGGCGGCAUCAGCCUGGCGCAGAGCCCCGUGCAAGGGCAAGCAGGGGCUGCCGGCUCCCUGAAGGAUCCUGUGUUGGACAGCAAAGAAGAUGAGAGCUCCAUGAACGGAGACCGGAUAGACUGUGGGCGGAAGACGCGUGUCGAGAGCGGUUACUUCUCCUUGGAGAAGACCAAGCAAGACUCGAAGCUGGAAGAGCAGCAGCUGCCGCCCCCACCGAGCCCUCCCAGCCCCAGCACCCCGAACAACAGGUACAGUUAUCCCAAAUCGCCCUCGCAGGAGCAUGCCCGGCCCUUUCCUUCCCCAGGUACCCGAUCAGGCGACCGAAUGAUUCACAGCUUCUCUCUGAACUCCUUGGACUCGAAGAGCAGUUGCCCCAUGCACAAGGACUCCGGCAGCAGAGAUGUAGGAAGGGGAGCUGAAAAAUCGGGGCGUCCCCUUUCUUUUAAAGCCAGCCGGCAGUACACCACCCUGGCCGACGUUCCCAAGGCCAUUAGGAUCAGUAAUCGGGAGGCCUUCCAGGUGGAGAGGAAGCGGCUAGAGCGGAGAACCCGGGCGCGUAGCCCUGGGAGAGAAGAAGUGGCCCGGCUCUUUGGCAAUGAGCGAAGGCGAUCCCAGGUCAUUGAAAAAUUCGAGGCGCUGGAUAUCGAGAACGCAGAGCACAUGGAGACGAACGUGUCGGCGGGGGCUGCCCUUUCCAGCGAGACGCGGCAGGGCAGGAGCGAGAAGAGGGUUUUCCCACGGAAACGGGACUUCACGUGUGAAGGGGCGGCUGUGGGCUCCAUCCUGGAUGUCUCUGCGUCCCCACUGUCCCCACACCGCCGGGCGAAGUCGCUGGACAGGAGGUCCACGGAGUCCUCCAUGACGCCCGACCUGCUGAACUUCAAGAAGGGCUGGCUGACGAAGCAGUAUGAGGACGGGCAGUGGAAGAAGCACUGGUUUGUGCUGACCGACCAGAGCCUGAGAUACUACCGGGAUUCGGUGGCGGAGGAGGCAGCUGACCUGGAUGGAGAAAUCGAUUUAUCCACGUGCUACGAUGUCACCGAGUACCCGGUCCAGCGAAACUACGGCUUCCAGAUCCACACGAAGGAAGGGGAAUUCACCCUCUCUGCCAUGACGUCUGGCAUCCGCCGCAACUGGAUCCAGACCAUCAUGAAGCACGUUCGCCCCACCACUGCCCCCGACGUAACAAGCUCCCUGCCAGAAGAGAAAAGCAAAACGAGCUCUUCCUUUGAGACCAGCCCAAAACCCAGCGAGAAGCCGGAUGCCGAGCAAGCAGAGCUGGACCCGGAGCAGAAGCGGAGCCGCGCCCGGGAGCGCCGGCGAGAAGGACGAUCCAAGACCUUCGACUGGGCUGAAUUUCGCCCCAUCCAGCAAGCCCUUGCCCAGGAGCGUGCCAACGCCGCAGACCCCUCCAAGAGCGCCACCGCCGCCUUCCCCAGGGACGCCGGCACCGCCGACGCCGACCCCGGAGAGCUGGAGCGGGAGCGGGCCCGGCGGCGCGAGGAGAGGCGCAAGCGCUUCGAGAUGAUCGACUCCGUGGACGGGGCAGGGCCAGAGGAAGCUCUGAGGAUGGAGGUGGACAGGAUCCUGCCCGUCCCAGCGGACAUCAAACCGCAGAACGUCCAUGUGGAGAUCGAGCAGCGGUGGCACCAGGUGGAGACCACCCCGCUGCGGGAGGAGAAGCAGAUCCCCAUCGCGCCCCUGCACCUCGCCCAUGCUGAGGACCUGGAUGAGGGGCUGGCGAAGCAGCACUUGACCACACUGCUGGAGAAGGAGCUGGAGCAGAAGCAGAAGGAGGCCCUGGAGCUCCUGGAGCAGAACCGGCACCUGCAGGACCAGCUGAAAGUGGCGCUGGGCCGGGAGCAGAGUGCCCGGGAGGGCUACGUGUUGCAGACCGAGGUGGCCGCCUCGCCAUCAGGUGCCUGGCAGAGGCUCCACAAAGUCAACCAAGACCUCCAAAGCGAGCUGGAAGCCCAGUGCCGGCGUCAAGAGCUGAUCAAUCAGCAGAUUCAGUCGCUGAAACGCAGCUACGCCGAGGCUAAGGACGUGAUCCGGCACCACGAAGCCGAGAUUCAGAGCCUGCAGGCGAGGCUCAGCAACGCGGCCGCCGAGCUCUCCAUCAAGGAGCAGACCCUGGCCAAGCUCAAGAGCGACCUGAGGAGCGAGAAGGAGAAAGCCAAGGAGCAGCUGGAGGAGUGGCAGCACGGCGAGGCCGCGCUCAGCUCCCAGCUGAAGGCCAGCGAGCAGAAGCUGAAGAACGCAGAGGCUCUGCUCCUGGAGAAGACCCAGGAGUUGCGGGACCUGGAGAUGCAGCAGGCUUUGCAGCGGGACCAUCAGAAGGAGGUGCAGCGCCUCCAGGACAGGAUCGCCGACCUGAGCCGGCAGCUGAACGCGAGCGAGCAGACGCGGAUCCUCAUGGAGGAGAAGCUGCAGAAGAAUUACGAGGCCUUGCUGGAGAGCUGUGAGAGGGAGAAGCAGGUUUUAUUGCACAGCCUGAAGGAGGUGGAGGAUAGGGCCAACGAGUACGAGAAUCAGCUGCAAAACAACGAGCAGCAAAUGGAGAUUCUGCAGAAGGAGAAGCUGAGCGCCAAGUUCGAAGGCAGCGAGCUUGUCCACCAGCUGGAGGAGCAGCUGGUGAUGAAGGAGGCCAGCAUCCAGAAGCUCGCCGAGCACAUCGGGGAGCUUGAAAGGGAGAGAGAUCAGAUCAAAUGUCGGUUCCACGAGCUCAUGAACCAGGUCGCCGAGUCAGAUAACGAAGUUGCAAAGCUGCAAGCAAAGUUGAAGAUGGAAGAGACCAACUACCACAACCUGGAGCAGUCGUUUGAGGAGGUGUCGGAUCAGUUCCAGGGUGUGCAGAAGGUGCUGAAAGAAAAAGAGGAGGAGCUGAGACACGUUAAGGAAAUGCACUUGAGGAUUGUGGAGAAGAAAGAUCAAGAUCUCAGCGAGGCUUUGGUUAAAAUGAUUGCUCUGGAUAGCAAUUUAGAAGAGACGAAAGUAAAGCUGAAGGCCAAGGAGGAGGCUUUAAGGAAAUUAGCUAGCAUAGGCACAGGUCCAUGUGCUGAGGAGACAGAAGAUGUUGGCCCCAGCCUCGAGGCUGAUGAAAGUCAUCCGUCUCAGCUGGGGCAGCCUCUGCAAACUCAGGAUGUCCUCCCAGCUCUGAGUUACGCACUGAAGGAGGAGGAGGAGGAGGUCCUUGAGACCAGCCAGAGGCAAGCAGAGGAGUUUGGCUCCCCGUCCAAAGCUGCAGAGCUCCAGGACCAAGAGCUGGUCCAGAAAGCCUUAGCAAAGCCUGAUGUAGGAAUCAUGGGGGCCAAGAGGCAACGAAUCCGCUUCUCCAGCAUCCAGUGCCAAAAAUACAUCCACCCGGAUGGGUCAGAGAAGAACUGGACCAGCAGCACCUCUUCAGACACCAGCCAAGACAGGUCGCUGUCUGAGGAGAGCAUGUCCUCGGAGCCCGCUCUCGGUUACCCGUCGUCAGGGACCAGCGACUCCGAGACCUAUCUCUCGAUCAUCCACUCUCUGGAAACCAAGCUGUAUAUCACAGAGGAAAAGCUCAAAGACGUGACCAUGAAGCUCGAAAGCCAGCACGGCCAUAAUCAGGAGACCCUCAUCGCCCUUCACCACCAGUGGGCCAGCACGGAGGCCCAGCUGCGGGAGCAGCUUCAGAGCAGCUUGUCCCAAGUCAGUGCUCUGAUCUCGCAGCUGGAGAGCGAGAGGCAGGAGAAGUUCAAGCUCAUAGAAAAUCAUGUGAGCGAGCUGGGAGGCUUCCAGAUGAAAAACGACCAAGCGCUGACUUGCUUAGAGCAGUGCAGGGAGCAGCUAAGAGCUUUGCCUAAGUCAGAGGAGGAAAAAGAGGGCGAUUUGUUCCUCGUUACUCUGUCCGGCCUGGAGACGACCUUAUCGAGCGCAAUCCAAGCCUUGAGAGGGGCGCCAGGCCCGUCUGAGUAUCAGCAGGGCGAGGGCCUUAUCACGGAAAGCCCUGCUUCAGAGGGAGGGCUUCGGAGCGAGGAGGAGCACGUCCCCAAGGAGCAGCGAGCCGAAACAUUCGACGCGGGCCAGCUGAGGUGGCUUUCGGAGAGAGUGGCCUUCGAGGCCUCUCUGAUCAACCAAAUAGCGGAGUCUUUGCAAAGUGCAGGCUCCGAGAUAUCUCAGCUGCUCAGGGAGAUCCAAGGGACAGCUGAGGAGGCUUUGAUAGAGCCGGCAAAUGUUUCUCCUCCAGCAGUUGACUUGGCCGGUGUCCUGUCUAACAAGCUGCUGCUGGAAGGGGAGUUCUGGAGCCAGGUGGAGGAGCUGAGAGUGCACUUGAGCACCAGGGAAGGAGAAGCAGAGGGCAAACCAGAAACGGCAGGUUUGGGGUUUUCUCCUUGCUUUCUCAGUGCUGUAGCAGAUGCUACACUGAUCAAGGCAGAACUUGGGUUUGUGGCACAGAAAAUGAGGGAUUCUUUCCAUCGGAGAUUGAAAACAAUCGAAGAGGACCUCCAUAAUACCAAAACAGCCCUCCAGCAGCAUAAGUGCAUGCUGGAGGAAAUCAUCAAAGCGUACAGGACUCCUGAUUUUGACAGAGUCAUGCACCAGAUUUCUGAAGCACUUGAGAUUCAGAAAGAUGCUUCAGAAAGAACGCAGAUCUCCUGGGACGGGAGCCGUCUCCAGAUGGUGCCCUACCAGGACUCAGCCAAGGUGGGGGAGGUCUGCAGCCUGCCAGGCCGCAGUAGCGAAGCUCUCGUUUCCAUCCAGGAAGAUCUUGCCCAACAGCUAAAGGACAAAUCCAACGUGCUUAAGGAAAUAUCCGUUGCCUUACUGUCUCUGCCUCCUGAGGAGGCCAUGCGAGACUGCCAGAAGCUCCUGAAGAUAUCUCAGAGUCUUUCCUACCACUCGUGCAUGGGAGACCUGGAGCGGUAUUCCUCUUUGCUAGUCCAAGAUGCAAUUGUUCAGGCUCAGGUUUGUUACGCCGCUUGCAAAGUCCGGCUGGAGUACGAGAGGGAGCUCAAGUCCUACAAGGAGUCCUUGCAGAGCAUGGACGCGCUCUGCCAGGAGCGCGUGAAGACGGUCUCUCUGCUCCGGGACGAGUACGAAGAUUUGCUGCGAAAGCAGCAGGGGGAGUACGGCGAGGUGAUAGCCAUGCUGGAGCGGGAGAACGCCGACCUCAAAGCCAAGGUCUCCCAGCUGGACGGUCAGCGAAGGCUUCUGGAGGAAGAGGAGCGCAAGCACAGCAAAAGCUUGAGCGAGUUGCAAGGCCGCUACGAGGAGGAGAUCCGGAACGUGAUCGAGCAGCUGAACAGGACGGAGGAUGCCCUGAAGGCCGAGAGGACGGAGGGCCUCAGCCAGCUGGAUGCCAUCGUCCGCGACAAGCAGAACAUGGAGCGGUACCACCUGGAGCAGAUGCAGCUGCUGGAGGACAAGUUCCAGGCCAAGAUCAAGGAGCUGCAGGUCAUCCACGGCCAGGAGCUGCAGGCGCUGCAGGAGCACUACAGCCAGAACCUGCAGCGCCUGCAGGAGACCCUCGACGAGUACCAGCGGCAGCACCCGGAGGUGUCCCCCGCGGCAGGACCGAGCGGUGGGGACCCCUGGGUGGCCGGGGAGCCGGGCGGCACCGGGCAGGGUCCCGGCGGUGAGCUGGACUCCAUGCACGGCCUGAGGGAGCGCAUCCAGGAGCUGGAGGCCCAGAUGAACGUGAUGAGGGACGAGCUGGAGAACAAGCACCUGGAGGGCAGCGCUUCCACGCUGAGGGAGAAAUACCAGAAAGACUUUGAAAACCUAAAGGCAACAUGUGAAAGGGGCUUUGCAGCCAUGGAGGAGACGCACCAGAAGAAGAUCGAGGACCUGCAGCGGCAGCACCAGCGGGAGCUGGAGAAGCUGCGGGAGGAGAAGGACCGCCUGCUGGCGGAGGAGACGGCUGCCACCAUCUCAGCCAUCGAAGCCAUGAAGAACGCACACCGGGAGGAGCUGGAGCGAGAGCUGGAGAAGUCGCAGCGCUCCCAGAUCAGCAGCGUCAACGCCGACAUCGAGGCCCUCCGGAGGCAAUACCUGGAGGAGCUGCAGUCGGUGCAGCGGGAGCUGGAGGUGCUUUCGGAGCAGUAUUCGCAGAAGUGCUUGGAGAACGCCCACCUGGCGCAGGCGCUGGAGGCUGAGAGGCAGGCCCUCCGCCAGUGCCAGCGGGAGAACCAGGAGCUCAACGCCCACAACCAGGAGCUGAAUAACCGCCUGGCUGCGGAGAUCACGCGGUUGCGGACCUUGCUGACCGGGGAGGGUGGAGGAGAGGCUGCUGGCUCGCCUCUCACCCAGGGCAAGGACGCCUACGAGCUGGAGGUCCUGCUGCGGGUCAAAGAGUCGGAAAUCCAGUACCUGAAGCAGGAGAUCAGCUCUCUCAAAGACGAGCUGCAGACAGCACUGAGGGAUAAGAAAUACGCCAGCGACAAGUACAAAGACAUCUACACAGAGCUGAGCAUUGUGAAGGCCAAGGCAGACUGUGAUAUCAGCAGGUUGAAAGAGCAGCUGAAAGCAGCCACAGAAGCUCAGGGAGAGAAAUCCCCUGUGAACACCACUGUAUCGGGAUAUGAUAUUAUGAAAUCAAAAAGCAACCCUGAUUUCUUGAAGAAAGACAGAUCCAGUGUUAGCCGGCAACUAAGGAAUAUCAGGUCAAAGAGCCUGAAGGAAGGCCUGACCGUGCAAGAACGCCUGAAGCUUUUUGAAUCCAGGGACUUGAAGAAAGACUAGCUCUACCCCGCUCCGCUUCACCACGCGCGCACCUCCCGGCUUGAGGCAGCACAGCACCAGCACCGUUUGUCUCUCGUUGCUCACGACCGUCCUCGCUGUCGUUCGGCCCCGAUGCUUCCCGACGGCUCCGGGCACCGUGGCGGGUCCCCCCCCCACCCGCCACCCCCUCGCCUCCGCAGCUCCCUUCCCCGCUUGUGAGACGCUUCUGAGACUCUUGAGAGGGAGAGGAAGGGAUUGGGGUGUGGUUGUUUUUUUUUGUGUUUUUUUUGUUUGUUUGGUUUUUUUUUGUGUUUUUUUUUUUUUUUUUUUUCCCUCUUCGGCGCUUUGUAGGAGAAUCCUUCCUUUACUGUAAAACCAUUACACUAAGUGUCAGUAUUAAGGCUCAGUAGCCUGUGAAUAAGCUAGCUCCGUCGUACCAACGUCUUGGUAUGCGCGCAGGGCAGGGUGGCACGGGCCAGCCCGCGCUCUUACUGCUGUCAAAGAGACCCAGUGCUCAGAGCACACCGGGAGCCUAAUCAGCCCUUGAUCUCGACUGCAUCACUUGCACCUACAAGGGGAGGGGGGAGAAAAGCCUGUGGGACUCCGCCGGGGGUGCGCGAGCGGCCUGCAGGAGCCACGCUGACGCCAGGCCGGGAGAGGAUGGAGAGGCGACUCCUGCCCCCGGCCGUGCCGUGAUGGUGGCGAUGCCCGAGCCCGGCGAGCUGCGGUGCCUCGGCGGGUGGUUUUGGGUAGGGAGCUGCUCACGGGCACCGUGACGGCGGCCCCUCGGCCUCCAGCCCCCCCUCGCCAGCGGUGGGAGGGAGGCGUUGCUGGGGCUGCGCCGCGAGAUCACUUUCUUGCCUCCCCUCGAUCCAGCCCAGCACUCUCUGUUUUUUUUUGCUGUUACUCCCUCUCGUUGAGUCCCGUGUAUCCUAGGGUCUGUGCGCAUGUGAAACUCCCUUUUCCAAGUCAAAGGAAAGUAGAGUAGAAAGUAGAGCCAAUAUUGACUGAAAAAUGCACAGUGCUCGAUGCAUAUAAUGCUCCUUUUUUAUCGGCUUCUUGAAUUCAACUCUUCUUGUCAGCAGGGCAGCUCCUAUUUUAAUUCCUUAAUCUUUUCCUGAAAUAAAAAUCUCAAAACCAGUAUGUGCUUCAGACCUUCUCAGUCACAACAGCUUUUGUGUUUAGAGCAGACACUUUAGCACCACGAGGCCAAUAAGUGGGUGCUCGCUGAGUGGAGAGAGCAUGUAGUGCUAGAGGCCGCACGCAGCCAGCCCACAUCACGGUGGCUUUGUGCUGGGUGAAGAGAGAUCUCGGCGUGCUUACAGCUGUAGGCUCAUUUAGGAUGGCAAAGACUUCUGAGAUACCCAUGGAGAUCCCUGGUCCUGCCACCCAGCCAGGAGCAGGGCUGAAGCAUCGCUCUGUCGCUUCCCAGUGAUGUGGCCACCAAGCAACCCGCAUCACAUCGGUUUUCAGAGAUUUUGGAGGUGAAACCAAGCUUUCUGUUGACUUCUGUGUGCUUCACCCGGGGUGAAGCAGGCGGAUCUGGGCUUUUAUGGCUAGUUCAGGUCCCUGUGGGCACGGUGCUCCGGCCAGCUGGGAGGUCUGAGCAUGAGGAGAAAGCUCUCGCUGCUGGCAAUGGGUGCGCUGCGGGUCCCAGCGGUGCCACCGGUGCAGGGCAGAGGCAGGGCUGUACGGGGAUGCUCUGCUGCUGUGAUGCUCUUUAACUCCAUGCCUGGGUGCGUGUGGACAUCCUGGAGACAGGAGCAGGGCAGGAGGGACCCUCGACCGCUCAAUACGAAGGCUCUUCCAUCUUCAGGCCCUCUCUGAUGUUCUGGUGUGCAGCCACUCGCCCUAACCUGAGCUCCUUGUGGUGUUCUCCAUCAUCUGAGCGUCGGAGGAGCCUUGGCAGCCUCGUGUCAGGGCAGUUCCUUGUCCUUCCAGGCCAGGAGCUGGCCCAGGCUGGACCUUCCUGAACCUCCUCUCUGGUCCCCAUCCAUCAGCUGCUCCCAGGCAUCUCAACGCUUCUCUUUUGCUCUCACCCAUCAGCCUGACGGAGUCCUCCCGGCCCACCAUCGAGGAGCAUGGCCAAGGCACCCAAAACUACUCAUCAGCAGCGUCUCAGCACGGUGGGAGCCCAAGUGAUGGAGCCCUGGUGUGGAAGUGGUCACCGUAGCGCUGUCCUGGGCGCACCACGCUGAGCUAGCCCAUGGCCACUUACAGCACGGACUGUUGUUGGUAAAACCACGUGUUGGUAACACAUAACAGUGUUUUUUUAUAGCCAUGGCACGGGGUUAUCCUGCUUCCCUCCCAGCUGAGGUGGCCGGUGCAGCUCUCCACAGCUGCACCCUUCCCAAAUUCAUCUUUCUCCUGUUGAAGGGUGCGUCCGCUGGGCUUCAAAGUCCACAUCUGGAAGAGCGGCUUUGUCAUCAGUCAUACGUGUGAGUUUUUUUUUUCCUCUCUCUGCCCGCAUCUUGCACUUGAGUGCAGGGAGAGGUCUGAUUCCCCAGCACAACCCCACGGUGCCCGCAGCAGCUGGGAGCCUGGCACCUCAAGGGGCAGCCACCACCAGUUCUGAGCACUCUUCGAGCUAAACCAGGGGCGCUGCCACCUGUCUUGCAGGACCAGCAGAGAUGUCAGUGCUGUGGCCCAGGUUCAUCUGAAAUCAGGCUGUGUCUUGGUGGGAAAGCGACUACCCACUGCCUACAGCUCAUACACCUUCUGCCCGUGUCAGGAGGUGGCUGCCUGGCCGUGGUGCCUCUCCGGCUCCUUUCCAAUGUCACUUGUCCAACUCUCAGUGAAGACAACCUUUGGAUUUCGUCUCUGGCUGCCCCAGGUUUGGUCGGGUUGUGCUUUGCUCUCAGGUUGUUUUCAUGCCCUGCGAUCUCCUGGGAUGAGGAGCUAGGAUGGUGCAAGGCUUCGUCUCUGUCACUGCUGUCCCUUUCCAAGGCUCUGCUGGAUGCAGGAGGACGCACACCUCCUCCUCCUCCUCUUCUCUCAAGAAGUGUGGUGGGACUUUGUCCUUCUCAGCCAACCGAGCAGAACGUGCUGGGCUCCAUCUCACCACGUGGACUCUGCCCGUUCUUGUGUGCCCUAGGAAAAUCUUUGCUGGCUUCAGGACCUUGCUAUCCAGCUGCAUUUGCCUGUCGGUGGUGUGGAGGACGCAGGAUGGACCCUUUCCAACACCAGUUCAUGCCACUGAGCACCUUGACACUCCCCAAAGAGGGUCACUUUCUUCUGUGCACCUGAUCACACCCAAAAACCCUCUCCUGCAGCUUAGCAUCCUGCCUUGGGGCUAGGUAUUGAGCUGAGGAAGAGCAUUUCCUUGCUUCGCUGCUUCGAUCCCUAUUUCUGGACGUAGAGAAUGGUUUGGAAAUGUGGCGAUGUGACCCAGAGCGUGGCCAGGCAGGAGGGAUGGUGGUCAGUGUGGGGAAGCUGAUGGCAAGUGGGGACCAUUCCUGGACUUUGGCUCAGCAUGUGGAAACACAUUAAUACGAUUUGGAAAAAAAACAGGCAAAGUGGGGCAAAAAGGUGCUGCAAGGUGCAAGCACUUGGGCAGAGGGCUGCGGGAAGGCAGAAUGUGAUGCGGUGGCCGUGCAAGCUGAAUUGCUCUGUGUAGAGAUGCUAAGAGGCGUUCUUCCUUUUUAUACACACAUAAAAACAUUUGGAGUAACCCAACAGUGUUAGGGGGCAGGAGGACAGCAGUGGGAGCGCCGUGUGACGGAAGGAGGGGAGGCACCAGCCUCCGACGACUCUUUUUGUGCUUAUAGCAAUGCCUAACAAGCCAAAUCAAUUAGUUUUAUCGCUUAAUUUUGUGGCUUUAAAAUAUCUAUCCCUAAGCAAAGGGCUCUUUUAUGAACGUACUGGUGGUGGGCUUCGGUGCUGUACCUUUCGGGAGCAGCCGUCUCCCACUGGGGAGUUAAAAAAUAAAUAAAUACAAAAUAAAGGAGAAUGCUGCGAGGGCUGGGGUCAGAGGCUGAGAAGUGGCCUCGUGGUGUCCUCGGGAUCCACUUCACUCUCCGGGACAGCACUUCAGGGGAUGGGAACGCUGAGUACAAGUGCUUGUGGCGGGAGCUGAGCUCUGGAGGUCACGGAGAAGAGGAAGAGGAAGGGGAGGAGAGAAGAAUGCAUGCAGACAGGGCUUCUGACCGGCUGCUGCAGGCUGUGCUCCAGGUUUCGGUCUUUAUUUGCUGUGUGGCAACUACCAAAGCAUCUCCCCGAAGCAGGGGGCAGUUCGUUACCUGCCUUCCCGUUAACAAGAGAGGACCAGAGGCACCAACAACAGCCAAAAAUGGGGUUAUUUCUGCAGAGCGCAGUGCUUUGCUGAAAAGAAACAAAAAAGAUAAUCAAGAAAGAUCGUUUUGCUGGUAGUGACGUUCCUUAGUUAGCCUAUUUCUUCCUGCUCCAGGCUUCAUCCAUCCUCCGAAGUAAAUCAGUGGCCACGUAAAUGAGAACAGGGAGCGGUGGGCGCGCUCCCGGCUUGCGCCCGCAGUGCCACGCGUGCCGUGCAAGCUGCUGCUGCCUUCUGCACAACGCUGCUCAUAGCACCAAGUGUGAGGGCUAGGAAAAAUGCAGCAAAGCUGCAGGGCUGGGCAGCUUGGAACUGGCUACCCGGCCUUUUUCUUUGCCUUUUUUUGCAAAAAAAAUUCCCACCCUUUGCACCGUCUUCCCCCAAACCGGUCUUUUUCUAUGUGACCUUCCCUUUGCCCACCUAUAAAAUAAGCAAACGGCGUUACUUUGAAACUAGACUAGCGUGUGGCUUUGCAAACCAGAAAAAAUAAAAAAAUCUGUUUGCUUUCAGUAACAGAGGGUGACAGGAAUGCGUUCGUGGUGUCCCCUCCCUCCUGUAACACCGCCUCACGUUUGCACCAGCCCUGUGCUCGCCUGGACUGCCACCAGACUGCUGCAUUUUUUCGUGGUUCAGAUGCAGGACGUAGGUUGUUGUGAACACUUAAGCACACGCACGCUCGGCGUAGCUUGCCUUUCCUCUGCAACCUUUUCGAUUUUUUUUUUUUUUAAAAAAAAAAAAGCUUUGUUAUUCUCUUUUAAACAGAAGUAAUUUAAAACCUGUAUAGUAUUCCAGGCACGCCAUGUAAAUAUUUAUUACUCAGAACUUAGUGGAGGGUUCUCUUUUUGUGACUACGUCGUGGUUUUGGUUUUUAACUCUUGUUCUAACACCGCCGUCCCGCCGGGGGGCUGGAAGAGGCGCGUUGGGUGCGAUGUGCCCACCCCACCCUGCCUGCCCGGAGAGACUCUUUGCUUUUGAGGACUGUUAUAAAUAUCUUUUCCAAGGUUUUCUGCUGACCUGUACCUUUAGUUUUGACGAUACGUGUCCAAAGAUUGUGUACAGCCUGUUUGAGACCUGUAACCUUCCUGCGCUAUAAACUUUUUUUUUUCCAUUC